CGCCACCGCCGCCGCCGCCUCAGCCUCGCGAGCGCAGCGGCCGCCGGAGCAGCUCCCGCGGCGGAGCCGGGGCCGGGGACGGAUGGUCAGAGGAGGCCGCCAGCAGCAGCCGCGGACCCGCCUGCCCUCCAGACUAACUGGCACAGUGGAGAAACCACCUCGAAAACGGAAAAGCAGGACUGAAUUUGCUCUUAAAGAAAUCAUGUCCUCUGGAGGAGCUGAAGAUGAUAUCCCACAGGGAGAGAGAAAAACAGUCACUGAUUUUUGUUACCUACUGGAUAAAUCUAAGCAGCUAUUCAAUGGGUUAAGAGAUUUGCCACAGUAUGGACAAAAGCAGUGGCAAUCGUAUUUUGGGCGAACUUUUGACGUCUACACCAAACUCUGGAAGUUCCAACAGCAACAUCGUCAAGUCUUGGACAAUCGGUAUGGCUUGAAGCGAUGGCAGAUAGGGGAAAUUGCUUCCAAGAUUGGGCAGCUUUACUACCAUUAUUACCUGCGUACAUCUGAGACCAGCUAUCUGAAUGAGGCCUUUUCCUUCUACUCUGCAAUCAGACAGAGAUCUUAUUACUCUCAAGUCAGUAAAGAGGACAGACCUGAGUUGGUGGUUAAGAAGCUACGGUACUAUGCAAGAUUUAUAGUGGUUUGCCUUCUCCUCAAUAAAAUGGAUGUUGUAAAGGAUCUGGUCAAGGAACUAUCUGAUGAAAUUGAAGAUUAUACUCAUCGCUUUAAUACUGAAGAUCAGGUGGAGUGGAACCUAGUACUUCAGGAGGUUGCAGCUUUUAUUGAGGCAGAUCCAGUCAUGGUUUUAAAUGAUGACAAUACCAUUGUUAUCACAUCUAACCGACUGGCUGAAGCAGGGGCCCCCUUGCUGGAGCAAGGGAUGAUUGUAGGACAGUUGACUCUGGCUGAUGCACUCAUUAUUGGCAACUGUAAUAAUCAGGUGAAGUUUAGUGAACUAACUGUUGACAUGUUCCGGAUGUUACAGGCUUUAGAACGAGAGCCAAUGAAUUUAGCUUCACAGAUGAACAAACCUGGAAUGCAGGAAUCUGCUGACAAGCCUGCCCGGCGAGAAAACCCUCAUAAAUAUCUGCUGUACAAACCAACCUUCAGCCAGCUAUAUACAUUUUUAGCAGCUUCUUUUAAGGAGCUGCCAGCCAACAGUGUGCUCCUGAUUUACCUGUCAGCCACUGGAGUUUUUCCCACAGGUCGUUCUGAUAGUGAAGGUCCAUAUGAUUUUGGAGGAGUCCUCACUAACAGUAAUCGAGAUAUCAUAAAUGGAGAUGCCAUCCACAAACGAAAUCAGACCCAUAAAGAAAUGCACUGCCUUCAUCCUGGAGAUCUCUACCCUUUCACCAGAAAACCCCUGUUUAUCAUUGUGGACUCAUCUAAUAGUGUUGCCUAUAAGAAUUUCACAAACUUAUUUGGACAACCUCUGGUCUGCUUGCUUUCUCCAACAACAUAUCCAAAAGCAUUACAAGAUCAGUCUCAACGUGGUAGCCUCUUCACUCUCUUUCUGAAUAAUCCUCUAAUGGCCUUCCUGUUUGUCUCUGGAUUGUCAAGCAUGCGUAGAGGUCUAUGGGAAAAAUGUCAAGAAUACCUACGAAAAAUCAACCGGGAUAUUGCCCAACUGCUGACCCACUCACGUUCCAUAGAUCAGGCUUUUCUCCAGUUUUUCGGGGAUGAAUUUCUUCGCUUGCUUCUCACCAGAUUUGUCUUCUGUUCAGCUACCAUGAGGAUGCACAAGAUUUUUCGGCAGGAAACCCGAAAUUAUCCAGAAACAUAUCCUCAGCUGCCAAGGGAUGAAACAGUUGAAAACCCUCAUCUUCAGAAGCACAUUUUGGAGCUGGCGUCUAUCCUGGAUGUGCGAAACGUGUUCUUUGAGAAUACUAUAGAUGACUAUUAAUUGAACUCUCGUUGAAACUGUGUUUCAUUAGCCACAGAUUUUAAAUGGUGCAGUUUUUUAAUGUGAUGAUACAUAGUGGCAUUAAAUUUUUAUUUUUAAAUUUAGGACCACCAUUUUACAGACAACUCAAAAUAAUAUUCUUCUGACAGAUAGGGUAACUUUUGUAAUCCAGUCUUUGUGAUCUUUUAAAAGCUAGAAUAACCCUGGAAGUUUUUGUUGUUGUCGUCGUUGUCGUUGUUUUGGGGGUUGAAGAGUCCCAGCUCCAACAACUGGUCCUAAAUUCAAAUACAUAAUCAGCGACCACUCUCACCCAGAGAAGAAUAAAUCAUUUAUUUUUGUAUGAUGAGAAAAAUCCAACAGUGAUAUUUUAUCCUGAAAAGUCUGGAUUUGGAAAAAUAGAGAAUUGUUCACAAAGAUGAACCCAAUCAACUUAGACCAAUACUAGGAAAAACAAGAGCGUAGCCCUUCCAUAACACUUGUUUUCACUCAAUAUCAUUAUUUAAAGAGGGGGGGAAAGGCUGAUUCUUUGAGUUUGUAUGAAUUUGUCUCCUUUAGUCAAUCAUUCACUUUCUUUAAAUACCAUCAGAUUUUUAGAUUCCAUGGAGAGUGAUUUGCUCCUGAGUGAACUUUUCUGGAAACUUUAGGUGUUACAUGACAACAUAUUAGAGUUAUAUGUAUCUUUUUCUGUCACCACAUGUAUUUGUCUUAUUUUCUAGCUCUCUCAUGUUGCCAGUCAUUUGAGAACCACAUCUAAAAUACUUCAGUCUGAAGUACAAACCCUCUCUUGCAAAAUGUCAUGGUUAUUGGCACCAUAGUACAUUAACAUCAGCAGAAAAAUGUGAAUUUAAACUCUUUAACUAGCAGGACCAAAUUUGUAAACUCAGUUUUUAGCUGUGACAUCUCUAGCCACAGGGGUACAAGUAGAAAAAGACUGAAGUUUUAAUUAUUCCUGUGGCCAGCUCUAAAUCUGAAUAGUUUCAAAUAUAAGGCUGUCAUUAGUUUUGGAAAUAUGGAAGAAGGGAGAAAACCCUCAUGAGAGGAAAUUAAUGUUGGGCAUAUAUAGGACCUUUUGCAUCCACACAUAGUUUUGUGAGGGGUGGGGGUGGCUAAAGAGGGUCUGGUUUCAUUCUCUUAUCCUGCUUAUUUUUCUGUUGGCACCAGCAAGGAAUUAGCCUUUUUUCCCCUCAUUGGGGUUGAAUGAAGUUAUCCUAUUGCAUUCUUUUGAUGUACUAUAUUCUAAGUCUAAAAACAAAUGACAGAAAAAUCUAUGAGCCAAAAUGCCCAUUUACAUCAUUAUCUGGACAGCCUCCAUGCCGUCUCCCCCAGCCUAGAAAGGAAUAAAUCAAGUGAUUACUUUUGUUACUUAUGCCCUAAAGAAAAAUAUACUUUGGUUUUAUUCACCUUGUUUAGAGCUAUGCCACAGUUUGUGUUAACUGAUAGCAAUUCUGAUUUUCUGGUUUCUUCUCUGAAAUAUGUAAUAGUUAUGAAGCUUUAGCAUUUUAAGAUGUACAAAGAUGAAUUAUUUUGAAGAAAGAAUUCAGUGUUUGGUGGAUCCAUAUUCCAUUUGCAAUUCUUUUUCUCCUGGCACUACAAACUUAGAAACCGAAUGUCAUUGGUCCCUUAAACUCAAUUCAGUGAUUUUUUAAAAACAACCUUUUGAGACACAAAUGUCCAUAGCACAUUUCCUGUAUUGGCAAGGUUUGAAUGACAGCCUACCCAGAACAGUAUUCUUUCUAUCUGUGGUGUGUCUAUGAAGAACACUAGACUCAGAGCCAGGAUCCUAGAAUUCCAGGGCCAUGCCUUUAGUUAACAUUGAGACCAAUCUUAAAAUCUGAUUUGGACCUCAAAAGUCAUUUAGUCCAACCCAUACCUGAAAAAUAAUUUUCUCUAUAACUUCCCCAAGAAAUAGUGAUCUAAUCAUCACUUGAAGACCUCUGGUAACACUGAAUAAACUACCUCCUGAGGCAACCCAUUCUACUUUUGGACUGCUCUUACUCUUAGAAAGCAUUCCUUUAUAUGAAGCCUAAAUCUGUCUCUACAACUUCCAUUUAAUGUUCCUAGUUAUGCCCUGUAGAGUUAGGCAGAACAAAACUAAACCCUUGAAGAUUGGCCAUCAGCUUCCCCCUAAGAAGUCUCUUCUCCAAGCUAAACAUCACUCAGAUCCUCAUCUGGCAUACUUUAGCAUCCCCUCACCAUUCUAGUUACUCUCCUCUAGUUGUACUCCAAUUUGUCAAUAUCCUUCAUAAAAUGUGUACCUGGAGCUCAAUACUUGCAUACCGACAAGGGCAGAGCAUGUCAUUCUGUACACAGUGCAAUGUUUUUUUAGUUGCCACAUCAUGCUAUUAACUCACAUUGAUCUUUCAGUCACUCCUCCCAGGCCUUAGUUUCCUUUUCUUUAAAAUGAAGGAAUUGUACUAGGUGCUCCCUGAGGUCUCUUCCAGCACUAUAAUUCUAAGACAUUAGUUACUCAUUUCAAAAGAGAGUGAUUAUCUGAGCAAAUAUUUGUUAUUUAAAUGCAUGCAUACUACCUUUCAUGCUCCAGAAGCAGUCCAAGGCCCUGUUGCGCUAGAAAUCUUCAGACAGGAUCAAUAACCAAGCAAUAAGGACUGCUUUGUCUAGGUAUGUGUGUUCUAACAAAGACUGAUGUACAGUUUUGCUCCUUAGGCUGAAAUAGACUUUGCUGCUUUGUAGCAAUUGUGUUUUCUCUUGGUAAUAGUUAAUCUCUAAAUGGAUCUUGAGUGGAAUUAUGAAAAGAAUAGAAACAUACUAAAAACUACAAAAUCAGGGCUCCAAAAAACAAAUUUCAAGCACAAUAGUUUUAUUACUACUAAUUUUCAUAAUAAUUAUAGUAAUAAUGAUAUUUGCAUUUGUAUAGUAUUUUCAAUUAAUUGGUAAUCAUGUUUUAUCCUCACAACUCUGAAGCAAAUAAGAUAUGUAUUAUUCCUGUUUUCCAAGUAAAGAAACUGGACCCCAGAGUCUUUGAUACUCAUUUAAAAUCACAAGCAUGGUUAUUGAUAGAAAUAGCUCCAAAACCUAGGACAUCCUUAACUAUCACUCCAACAUUUUUUUUUUUCACUAGAUCACACACUUCUAUAGUGUCUUUUUGAAAAGUUUUUUUAAAGGAGUUUUUAGCUGUGGCACUUGUUUUAGAACAUGUGAGGGUUUGUAUGUUGUUGGGGUUUUUUGUCAAAUUGCACAAAACAUUGUCUCAUUCAAAAAGAGUUGUGUGAGGGGCGGCUGGGUGGAGUCAGGAGUGCCUGAGUUCAAAUCCGACCUCAGACACUUAACACACACUUACUAGCUGUGUGACCCUGGGCAAGUCACUUAACCCCAAUUGCCUCACUUAAAAAAAAAAAAAGAGUUGUGUGAAAUUAAGAAACUAAAGAUUCAGCGUGCACAUGCAAGUGUUUGGGGUUUUUUACUUAGAAUUAAAAUGACAGUUAAAAUUGUAUGGAUUUAUUUUUAGUAGGGCUAUGUUCCUUCUUGAAGUGUAUUUCCUAAAACAAAGGGUUUUAAAACAUGCCCAAGAACUUGAAAUUAGAAAUUUAAAAAGCACAGCACAUUUGACCUCUUUGUACCUUCCUUAAGUUUUUACCACACUGAAACGUUUAAAAACCCUAGAGGAAAAAUACCAUGCAGUCCUGAGUCCCAACCACUUUCUCUCUUAUAGGACUUCUCUCUCAUUUUCUUCUUAUGUUUUAAUUCCCUGAAAUAGAUAAGAAUUAUACUUUAUUUCUAUAUUUGUAUGGCACUAAAUAGAAGAAACACACCUGGUUUGGAGUGGGCCCUUUGGAUAAAUGAGCAAUUGAACUUUCUCAAUCCAUUACUUCCUGGCAUACAUCUGUCUCUGCUAAUUAUACCCUGCUUUCUAUGAGUUAGUUAUUUUGAUUCUAGUUGGUGACCAUUAGAGAGUCAAUUAAAUUGUGUUCACAGUACUUAGUUGAGAACUGGCACCAAAGUUGCAUGCAGCCAACAUUGAUCAGAAUGAGAUGUGUUCCAUUCAAUUCAACAGAAAUUUAUAAAUAUCUAUUCUGUGUAAUCCAACUCAUUUCCAGGAUUCGAAAGCAUAAUGAGUAUAGGGCAGUGAUAGCUGGAGAUAUGUGGCACUUCUCUGUACAUGAUUCCUGCCAUUACUCCAACAUUAGAUUUGGGGUGAACCUGAGUUAUUUUGACUUCGAUAAGAAUGAUACUAGGGCUUUCCUAUUAGUUGGUUAUGGCAUGUUGAGUGUAUCUGUAUGUGUGUGUGUGCAUUAAUAUGUUGGGAAAGUAAGCAGUAUCCUUUUGAGGGACUGUGGUUCUAUGGUUGCCUUUAUUUAUUUUGAAUCCUUUUCUUGUAAUGGUAUAUACGUAUAAAAAUAUUUUUGUGAUGCUUGAUGCAAUCUUGUGUGUGUACAUGUAUGUAUAUGUGUAUAUAUUUGUAAAUACAUUGGUAUGAAAUGAUACAGUAUAUGUAUAUUAUAUACGUCAUGGCUAUUGUGGCAUGAAUUUAUUUUCGUUUAUUGAGGACACAAGAGUGACAUCAUUCAUGUUGUUCUCAUAAAGGCUGUGGCUGUAUCCCUUUCAAGAGCCUCUAUUUUGAGGGGCUCGUGUUUGGGUAAAUAAUUUGGGAAUUAAAUUAGAACCUGACAAUCUCAGCAAGAGCCAAUCUUUCACAGUUUGGAAAUCAUCAGAAAUUCUUAUUUAAGUUGUUGAUAAAUUUGUGAAAUAAACCUAUGGAGACUGGGUAUAUGAAAUGAAGAUUCAUAUCUUAAAUGGUGGCACUUACUGGUACUGUAUUAGUGUCUUAUUUCUUAAUCUAAAGUAUGGAAUCACUUUGUACUUAGUAGGUUACCCAUUAGGGACUAAUUAUGGGAGUGUGGGUAACAGUUGAUUUCAUCAAUAAACCAAGAUGAAUGGAUGCAUAUGAAAGGUCAUCUGUCCUUUAAAAAAGGAAAAAUUAUUUCCCAACUGCACUGAAACCUGAUAUUGGAUUUAAUUUUUUUCUUCAUUCCUGUGGUUUGUUUUUUCCUGUGUAUGUCUUUGUGAGGCAGGGAAAGGAGCAUUUGCUAUCUUCAGGCUUCUGCUCUCCUUGAGGUAGCCCUAGAAAAAAGGACUAAAGGUAAGGUGAACUUUAAUUUCACCAGUUUCUGCUUGUUCUGAAGCAGUUUGUUAACUCUUCUGUACCUAUAGAAAUUGGGUAACCUCAACAUUUUUCAUUGUAGAGCCUUCUGAUUAAAGCAAAAAUAGCAAUUGAGUGUCAAUUUUAAGUUGGUAUUGGGGUGUUUAAGUGAAACAAUUCCAGUCUCCAAUGAUCAGAAAGAAUCAGUGCAAAAAUUACUUUCUCUGUGAAGCCAUUUAGUACCUUCAUUUGAAUGACAAGCUGAGAGUUGAAACAAGGUCCUUAGUGUUAGGCCUGUAGUAUCCUAUAUACUGCUGUGAGGAACUGAAGAGGGGAAAAAGCAGUUGGACUAUCCACAUUGUGCAAAACAGGACUCCAACAAGAAUAAUGAAUAGCUUUGUGAGCUUACACCCGUUUUAGACCUUGGAAUACAGUUGGACAUACAGUGUUGAGUUAUUUGGAAGAUACUACCAUGUUUAGAUAGCAUACAUAUUUUCAUGGAAUGGUUCAAGGUGCUCAAUAAUUGUUUUGCAUUUGGAGUGCUUUCACUGCAGAAAUCAAACUGGUUGUAAUUUUUGCAAAAUAAAACAUAAAUCAACUCCCUUUUCUUGGUUGAGAUAAAAAUUGUUUCCCAAACUAUCAACCUCGAUAUUUCUUUUUGCUGUAUUAAGAGAACAACAUUUUGUAACAUUUUCAGUUACAGAAUAUAAUUGAAAGUGAAGAUUCAAAUACUUAGCUGUUUUUUGUUCUUAAUAAAG